AUCCAUGCUGGACACCGUCGGCCUAACCUCACUUCGAGGUUACGUAAAAGCGCCUUGCGUUAGCCUGAAUUACGGUAAGGAUGGCGUCGCUGGACGUCGGCAGUGCGGAGGAGGACGAUCAGUCCAAGGCGGUGGUGCUGUUCGGCCGUGACAUCAGGAAGAUUCCCUGCUUCAAGCAGAGCAUGCUGUACGGCAUCUACGGCGGCGUCGCGGCCGGCCUGGCCACCUUCAUGUUCACGAGCCGCGCGAGGCUGUCGACGAACGUCGCCAUGGGCUCCUACAUGAGCGUCGUCCUGGUCUAUUGGUGCUGCUGUCGGUACAACUACGUCGUGCAGAAGAACGCCCUGCAGGACCUGCAGACCAUCGUCCGGCAGACGUCGGCAAGCAGCUUGGAGGAGGUCAAGGGGGUCGUUCCCGAGAAUCCGAAAGUCGCGUAGAAACCGCUCCGCUUUCCGGGCGCUUUCGAAGUGACGCGCGACGACGAGUACAUUGUACGCGGACACGCUGCGACCGUAGCACAAUGUGAUAUAAAUAAGAUUAUUGUAUUAUAUUGAUGUAAAAUGCGCGUAAAGGGACGCCUGACGAAUGCCUGAGUUUUACUUAAUUUUCUUUCAACUGUUGUGUAACGUUUACACGGUUGACAUCUACGAGGAUUCGAUUGUAUAUAUGGUAUACGUGCAGUAAAAUAUAGUAGUUUUCUUAAACGCCGAAAGACACAAAUUUCAAAGUUACAUAGUUGUAAUUUUGAUAACUUAUUGUAUGACUGCACUGCUGCAUUAUAUUAAACUCGAACUGAUUUAUAACGUUAAAAAAUUAUUUUCGAACGAUGUACUUGAUGCGAUACAUGAUGGGCGCGUUUAGCAGAGAAAGCUGCUUUGCAACUGUAGUAAAACUCUUUAAUCUGAUUGGAGUAUGUUCCUAAUUAUUGCAGAAUCUAAGAGCACACUCCGCUCGAAUUUACAAAUUUUACAACUAUUGGAAAACAAUGUUUUUCUGCUGAACGCAAUCGUUGAUAAGGAACGAAACUGGUACGAGACAUCUUUGCGCCCUUUAGUAACAAAAGAUGUUUCUUUUACGGCAUAUGAAAUGUAAAGAUAAUUUUAAUUAGUUAUAUUUAGUAUAUUGAUACUAAUGUUAUUAGAGCAAUUGCCAUUUUUGCGACCCUGCAAAUCUUUUAUAUGAGGCGAGUUCGCCACACCCUAGUCCCGGUACGAAAUGCUGUAUAAUAAAAUUGUUUUCCAAACGUA